AUGGCCCGCAGUUGGGUCUGCAACGCCUGCUCAAAUAGACGCUGCCCUUCCAGCCUACAGCCGCCGAUACACCCACCAGCGGCAGCAGCGACAGCGACGCAGCGUUCAGAACGACCCUCCCUUUGCAGCACCCAGCAGACGCAGUCACCACCACCACCACCACCGCGACAACAAAGACGACAACGGCAACAACGACGUUCCGCAACCAUGGCGACCACUCCAGCGGCCGCCCUGCUCCUCAUCCUCGCCCUGGCACGGCCUGCGCUCGCCGUCAACGGCAGGCCGGACGAGGCCGGCAACGUCGACCGCUGCUCGCUCAGCUUGGCCGGCAAGGGCUCCUACACCCUCGGCCUGCACAUUGCCGCCAUCUUUGUCGUCUUUGUCUCGAGCUCCAUUGGCAUUACGCUGCCCUUUGUGCCCCAGUGGACCAAAGGCAGGGUGGGCCGCCGUACCUCGCCAAACAGCCGGGGCGAGGAGGAGCAGCAGCAGUCGUCCCACGGGCACGGCCAUAGCCACUCGCACUCGCACGGCCACGGCCACUGCCACGGCUCUUCGACGCCCAACGGUUGGUGGGACGAGUGCUUCUUCAUCAGCAAGUACCUGGGCGCCGGCGUCAUCCUGGCCACGGCCUUUGUCCACCUGACCUACGAGGCCUUUAUCCAGCUCACCUCGCCCUGCAUCCACCUCGCCUACGCGCCCACGGCGCCCGCCAUCUCGAUGGCCUCGCUGUUCCUCAUCUUUGUCGUCGACCUGCUCCUCAUGCGCCACAUCCACCGCUCCAAGAAGGACAUGGCCGAGCUCAAGGCGCGCAGGGCGAGGGCAAAGGCGCAGCUCGAGUCGCUCACCCUCAACUCGAUCCGACCCACCGACUCGCUCGCCACGGGCGAGAAUGCGCCGUCGUCGUUGCCAAACCAGGCGCAGGCCAGUCCCGGCCCUGGUUCCGGCAAGACGACGGCGACGGCGGCUGCGGUGACGAUGGAGGAAAAGGCGGUCGAUGCCGUCAUCCUGGGCGAGAGGCUGCGGAGGGAGGAGCUGCUGGACGAGGAGGAGCGGGAGGCCGACGCCAAGCUGGCAGAGAGGGCCAAGGAGCUCGACGUCAUGGUCAUCGAGGGCGGCAUCGUCUUCCACAGCGUCAUGGUCGGCCUCGGCCUGGGCACGUCGUCCGACGCGGGCUUUGUGCCGUACUUUGUCGCCAUCGUCUUCCACCAGAUGUUUGAUGGGUUCGCUAUCGGUACGAGGAUGGCCGAGCUCAACUUUCAAGGCAAGCGCAAGAAGCAGAUUGCCAUGUUCCUGGCGUACGCGUUUGUGACGCCGGUGGGCAUCGCGCUGGGUACGGGAGUGCGCACCGUGUUUGAGCCCAACGACCCGACGACGAUUAUCGCGAUUGGCGUGCUCGACUCGCUGUCGGCGGGCGUGCUGCUGUACGGCGCGCUGGUCGAUAUGCUGGCCAAGGAUUUCCUGUUUGGACCCAUGCUCGACGCCAGCAACCGGCGCCUGGGCGUCGCCCUCGCUGCCCUCCUGGUCGGCGCGGCCGUGAUGAGCCUGCUCGGCAAGUGGGCCUAG